AUGGCCAUACCCCGUCACCCAUCCCAUAUCAGGAUACCUUUCUCGGCGCCAACUGAGACAGAGAGGAGGGCGAGGAGGGAGCAGCCUUCUACCAACCAAGGAGAACUGCCGGCGUCGCGCGUCUUCAGUCUGGUCUUCCGGCGCCCUCACGUCUUCGGUGUAUUGUCACCAGCUCAUCAUGUCGUUCUCCCAAGUCCCACCCACUUGAGACAGAGACGAGCGAGCAGCCCCGCCACCGCCCAAGAUAGAGAGAGCAGGACUGCAGAGCUACCUGUGAACCGCCGACGCCGCGGUCGAUGCAGCGCCGCCCAAGGCUAUCCCCUAAACCAAACAGCCCCUAAGAGCCUCAGUCUCGACUAUUGCAAUGUUUCGAAUGAAGCAUUCACUGACCUGAUAAUCAAGUUGCCUCUUCUCGAAGAACUUCUCAUUUCCUUAUGUCCAUUUGUUGACGGCGAUGCAUAUGAGAUCACCAGCAGAGCAUGCGCGCAACUGAAGCGUCUCAUGUUGCGCCAAGGGUCGUAUGGCGGCGAGAGAGAGGGGCCACUUGGAAUAGAGUUUAUGCACGAGCUGCGAUACCUUACUCUCGUCGGAAGUGAUAUCACGACGGAGGAGCUGGUUGCCAUCAUUGAUGGCUGCCCUCACUUGGAGCGCCUUUGUGUGCGCAACUGUUGCAACAUCGUUGUCGAUGGAGGACUGCGAGCGAAAUGUUCGAGGAUCAAGACUCUUAUUCUUCCCACUUUGCAGUGCCGCCAUAUCCAUUUUCAUCCUGAUGAUGGCAUUUUCACUGACAAGUUUGACGAUUGGAGGUCUGCUUAAAUGUGAUGGUUCAUCUUGAACGGCUGCUAGCGAUCUAUGUAUGUACUGAUCUUGCAUGGCUGUGUUUUGUCAUGUGGGAUAUGGAUGGAUGGGUUCAGGUGGUUAUUGGCACUGCUAUUCUGUGAUAUUGCUACUACAGUCCAAAUAAGGAGGCAAGGUCUCCGUUUUCUGGUGUUCCAAGAAGUUCCCAGGUGUGCGCAUGCAGUGUUCACACCUAGGUCACGAGCUACUUCAAGGUUGUGCGCUGCAUCCAGCAAUGCUCACACAACACCAUCACUAAUGCCGUGGCGUCACCCUCCUGUCCUGUGCUGUCGCAACACCAUCAUUCCUUCUGAGCCGUCCUUUUUUCUGUUCGAUUAGUAGAACAUUUUGGAAUAAAUAACCAUUCUUCAUUAAUGUACUGUACUGCCUUAUGAUUAGCAGUGGCAUGGUUCUUUUCGAUGUGUAAGCUGCGAGUGCCUUUGAUCAUUUGGACAUGUGGUUGUAUGCCUGUAAAACCUAACUGCUUGGAUGCUGAAUAGCAGAGGAGAAGAGAUUGUAUGGGUUGAUGAUUC